UGUGUUGUUGUCUAGCUAAGGCCAUGCCAUAAUUAGGACAACGUUUGCCUUCCUUCCCUCCAUCCCUCGAAUCACUCACUCUCAGAGCUGCUAGCCACAAGGGUCACAGUGCAAGAGUGUUGCUCUGGGCAGAAUCGCUGCCACAGAAAUACCGAGAGAGAAGUGAGAAUGGCGGGCUCAUGGUGUUGAGAGAGUGUGUGAGGAUAUGCGCUGAUCUCUGGAACUGAACCGUCUGCAUCCUUGGGCUAGAGACUUUCCUGGAUAUAGUUGGAGAUUAACUGAGGAACCAGCGUUCAACCAACUUGGACUAUGUACUAUGUGAAAAAGAAGUCUCAGUAUAGCUUGCUGAGCAGCAGUAUGGAGCAGGGAUUGGGGAAUCGUGCGGCGUCCACCAGCCCCUACAGCUCCGAGACCGCCAACGUGCCCACACCAUCAUCCUACUCGCAGCCCAACUCCACCUUCGAGGCCAUGUCUCCGGCCCCGGCCAUCCCUUCGAAUACAGACUACCCUGGGCCGCAUGGCUUCGAGGUCACCUUCCAGCAGUCCAGCACCGCCAAGUCAGCCACCUGGACGUAUUCUCCGUUGCUGAAGAAGCUGUACUGUCAGAUCGCUAAGACCUGCCCAAUUCAAGUGAAGCUUGCCUCGACUCCCCCGCACGGCAGCGUGGUACGAGCCAUGCCCAUCUACAAGAAGGCUGAGCAUGUGACUGAAGUGGUGAAGCGCUGCCCCAACCAUGAGCUUGGACGUGACUUCAAUGAGAGUCAGUCAGCUCCAGCAAGCCAUUUAAUAAGAGUAGAGGGCAAUAACUUGUGUCAGUAUGUGGACGACCCAGUGACAGGCAGACAAAGCGUGUUUGUACCGUACGAAGCCCCACAGGUGGGGACGGAAUUCACAACAAUUUUGUAUAAUUUCAUGUGUAACAGUAGCUGUGUUGGUGGAAUGAACCGCAGACCCAUUCUCAUCAUCAUUACUCUGGAGACAAGAGAUGGUCAGGUGCUUGGUCGGCGCUCUUUUGAAGGCCGGAUAUGUGCAUGUCCAGGUCGAGACCGCAAAGCAGACGAGGAUCAUUUCAGAGAACAGCAGGCACUGAACGAGAGCGUAGCCAAGAACGGCAAUGCUAAUAAGCGCAAUUUCAGACAGACGCCUCCCAACAUUCCCGGCCCUCCCAUCAACAUCAAGAAGAGGAGGCAUGGGGAAGAGGAGAUGUACUACAUCCCAGUACGAGGCAGGGAGAACUUUGACAUCCUUAUGAAGAUAAAGGACAGUUUAGAGUUAGUGGAGCUGGUGCCACAGCAGUUAGUCGACUCCUAUAGGCAACAGCAACAGCAGCUACUGCACAGACAUGGUCAUGUGACCUCUCCGUCCCCCUAUGGAACACCACUGAGCAACAUGAACAAGGUCCACAGCAACAUCAGCAAACUUCCUUCAGUCAACCAGAUAGUGGCGCAUCAGAGCCAUCAGAACGCCGGACCAUCCGCCAGCAUGGUGCACAUGGGUGCGAACAUGCUGGGCGGCCACCACAUGCAGUCAAACGGCGACGUGAACGGAGCGCACUCGGCCCAGUCGAUGGUGUCAGCGUCUCACUGCACCCCGCCUCCACCCUACAACCCCGACCCCAGCCUCAUCAGCUUCUUAACCAGCCUGGGCUGCCAAAACUGCAUCGACUACUUCACAUCGCAGGGCCUCCAGAGUGUGUACCACCUGCAGACCCUCUCCAUGGAGGAUCUUGGAGCUCUUAAGAUCCCAGAACAGUUCCGUUUGGCCAUCUGGAGAGGCCUCCAGGACAUGAAGCAGGGCCACGAUUAUGGCCAGCAGCUUAUUCGUUCCAGCAGUAACAUGGCCACUAUGGCUAUCGGGCCUGGAGGUGAACUACAACGGCAGCGUGUUAUGGAGGCUGUGCACUUUCGCGUGCGACACACCAUCACCAUCCCCAACCGCGGCACCACAGCCGGAGCAGAUGAGUGGCCUGACUUCGGCUUCGACAUGCCCGACUGCAAGACUCGAAAACACUCCAUUAAGGAAGAGUUCGCCGAGAGCGACAUGCGCUGAGAUGUCUCACAGCGACCUUGUCGUUUUUGCUGCUUUACUUCUUUUUUUUCCUCCCUCAAGUUCCUUUCUUUCUCUUUCUUUUUCUUUUUAACUGAAGCGGACAGUUCUAUCUUGGUUUCUACCAUACGUCAAGGUAUUACAUGAGUUUCUUUCAAACUUUUUUCUUUUUCUCACAUUUAAAACAUGUACAUGUGACAGGAACGCCUCUCAGAACUUUUUUUUUAAAUAUACAAAUAGCAUUUUUAUAAAUUAUAUCAACUCCAACACAACGCUGUGUAUACACAGUAGUAAUUCACAGCAACGGACCCAAAAAACAUGCUUGGACGAUAUUAUAACCCCAACAGAAUUCACAUAUAAGAAUAGCUCAAAGAAUAUCGAUAGCAAAAUUCUAAACAAUCAUCAAGCCACAAUAACAGUUGGGUUUUUUUUCUGUAGCAUCAUGUUAUAUCUAGAUUUUGAAUGUUUUUGAAUAUGCGUUGUAAAUAACACUCAGUAAGUUAGUCAUAUUUUAGAGUAGGAAGGAAUUUAAAGGGCUCCUAAUAAGAUAUAUUUGACUAUAAUUACAAUGAUAUCACAGUGUCAUAUUGAAUCUUUAAUUUCAUGAGUAUUUGAAAAGCAAUCUGUCAGUAAAAUGAGGUGACUAUCGGAAAUGUGCAGCUUGGUUUAGCUACAUAUCAAGAUGCAAUUAUAAAGUCUGGCGUUCCACUUAUGAAUAUAUGAAACCUAGUAUUAGCGAGUGUUAUGUUGUUUACUUGGCAUAAAAUAUUUAUUGCAAGACACUGGAGCAUUACAUGGUUUAGACUGCGAAAUGUGUUUCAAGCGUUAACGUUAGCUUCGAAAAGAAAAUGUCCCUGUAUUGUGUGGUAUUAGCCUUGCAGGACAAGGUUUUAUUUAUCAUGCCAAAAUGUUUCUGUAAUUACCUUUUUUUUUUUUUGUCCAUAGUUUUAAGUAGGAAUGAAUUCAAUUGGCCAUACUAUUGAAACAAUAGUUUAUACAAUAUUUGUGUAAUUAUACACUUCUUCACCAGAACCCAGGUAUUUAUAUGUUUUGAGGAAAUUAGAUGGUUUGUGAUUUUGUUAUUUACACGGAUUACUAUAAUAUUAUAAUUAGUAUUGCUUCCAUUAGAUGAACAAAAAUGGAGCAGAAUCAAUCCUUCUUAACCAAAAGUAUUUUCUAGACUUAUAGAAGUUUUGCUACCCGAAUAAUUCAAUCCUUGCACUGCCGCUGCAGUGUUACAUCAUUUAACACCGCCUUGUUUGUAAAUGUAUAGUAUUAAGUAGAUCUUGUGAUAUUGGAUGGUACUAUUUUUUCUUACUGUUUCACCUUAUUGUAUAGACUUUUGGUUACAAACAGACAGUUGUGAGACAUUUUCAAAUCACAUUUCAUAUGAGAACGGAUCGCUUUACCUACAAGGAUGGAAUGGACUAAAUCCACAUAUGCAUUUGUGAAAAGUAACGCCUGAAAGCGAAUCUUUCCAAAUCUGUUAAACGUUCAGUUAAUAUUCCUCACUUAUCCUGUUUCGAUAACGCCCAAACAGUUCAUAGCGCUCAACUCCUUUUGUGAUUGGCGCUGUCUAAAAUCCACAUAAGCAAGCACUUUAUUGCUUUUGUAUAUUGUAAACACUGUAAUAUUUUGAUUGAUUGAUUGAUUGUGAUCAGUAUUAUGUCACCUUAUUCAUAAGAGAUUUUAUGAAUGUUUUCAAGUUGAGACGUCUUUUCUUUAAAAACCAAACCAAACAAAACCAUAAUGUCUAUUUUUGUUCAUUUCCACAUUCAUGAAACAUGUUUAUGUUUGAGUUGUGUAAGGUUAUUAUUAUUAUUAUUAUUAUUAUUAUUAUUAUUAUUAUUAUUAUUAAAGUGUGUAUUAUAGUAAUUAUAUCUGUUGUCAUGAAUAUCCCAACACAGACCAUUUCAAGAAAGUCAAAUCGCUCUAAUUUUUGUUUGCCAAAAAGAAUGAACUUGUGGCUUUUGGUUGGUUUAGAUGGGUUUUAACUUUAGAGAUCAUGAUGACCUCAUUCCCCCUCCCUCCCACAAUAGUGCUAGGAGGACAUUCAGAUGAUGUUCUUCCAAGUGGAGCAUCAGAAAAAAACAUUUAUGGAACAAAUAUCCCAGGAAAAGCCAUCAGAACUCGACUUGUUAUUUUAACGAUAUAAUCUCCAACCAAACGACAGUUUUCAUUUCAUUUCAUUGCAUUGCAGAACCUGGUCCUGUUUAUAUGUUUUCCUCAAUGGUUUCUUGUUGCAUCUCUUGUUUUAGUUGCUACCUUCUUUUCUGAUGAUUUUUUUUUAAAUAAAAUAUGGACACAUUCAUCC